AGUGGAGAGGUUGUGUUUGAGAUCAGGCGUUUUAUUUUGAUGCGGUGUUUUCCCGAGAAAUCAAUGAAAACAAGGUGAAAAAUGGCAAAUAUCUUAUUGAGUGAUGCAGAGAAGACGUUCAUUGUGCAUGGCGUGCAGGAAGACUUCCGGACAGACGGCAGAACUCGCCGGGAUUACCGGCCACUGGAGAUUGAGACAGACGUGGUGCCACACACAAGUGGCUCUGCGAGACUCAGGCUGGCGAAUUCUGACAUCCUCGUGGGAGUGAAGACUGAGAUUGACACUCCAAGCGCUGAUCAUGCGGACGAGGGAAAGAUUGAGUUCUUUGUGGACUGUUCAGCCAAUGCCACGCCAGAGUUUGAGGGCAAGGGUGGUGGAGAUCUCGCGCUGGAGAUUGCCAACGCCCUGCAGAAGGCCUACGCCUCGCCACAUGCCUUCAACUUGAGGAGUUUGUGCAUCCUGAGGGAGCAGCAAUGCUGGAAGCUCUAUGUUGACAUUCUGAUUCUGGAGUGCGGCGGGAAUCUCUUCGACGCCGUCUCGCUGGCGGUGAAGGCAGCGCUGUUCAAUACGAAGAUCCCGAAAGUCAACGCUGUCCAAGUGGACGGAGGAAACGUGGAACUGGAGCUCUCAGAUGACAUCCACGACUGCUACAGGCUGUCGAUCGAGCGCGUGCCUCUGCUGGUGACGCUCUGCAAGAUUGGGGACCACGCAGUGGUGGAUCCGUCGGCUGAGGAGGAGGAGUGCGCCUCGGCGAAGCUCGUGGUCGGAGUUUCCUACGCAGAGGCCACGGAUGAAGGCUUCGUGACGAUGCUGAGGACUUCAGGCGCGGGAUCUUUCCUCCAUUCCACGAUCAAGGAGACAAUCAAGCUGGGAAUGAUGGCUGGAGAAUGUCUGAACGUGGAACUGCUGAAAGCGCUGAAGCAAGAGGAGCAACUGGCGAGGAAAUCCGCGUCCAAGGAAGUGUUUGGCUUCCUCAAAUAA